CCGCACGGCGCUCCCCGCGCUCCUCUGCCGCUCUCGCCGCAGCCCCGACCUCGCCCGCCCGCCGCGCUCGCCCCCGCCAUGCCGAACAUCGUGCUGUUCAGCGGCAGCUCCCACCACGACCUGUCCCAGCGGGUGGCGGACCGGCUCGGGCUGGAGCUGGGCAAGGUGGUCACCAAGAAGUUCAGCAACCAGGAGACAAGUGUAGAGAUUGGUGAAAGUGUGAGAGGGGAAGAUGUGUAUAUUAUCCAGAGUGGCUGUGGAGAAAUAAAUGACAACUUAAUGGAACUGCUCAUCAUGAUCAAUGCUUGCAAGAUUGCAUCAUCCUCCAGAGUGACUGCUGUAAUUCCAUGUUUUCCAUAUGCCAGGCAAGAUAAGAAAGACAAGAGCCGUGCACCAAUCUCUGCAAAACUUGUUGCCAACAUGCUGUCAGUUGCAGGGGCUGACCACAUCAUCACCAUGGACUUGCAUGCUUCUCAGAUCCAGGGUUUCUUUGACAUUCCAGUAGAUAACCUGUAUGCAGAACCUGCAGUCCUGCAGUGGAUUAAAGAGAACAUUCCCGAGUGGAGAAACUGUAUCAUAGUCUCACCUGAUGCAGGUGGUGCAAAAAGGGUUACUUCAAUUGCUGACAGACUGAAUGUGGAAUUUGCUCUCAUUCAUAAGGAAAGAAAGAAGGCAAAUGAAGUGGACAGAAUGGUCUUGGUUGGUGAUGUGAAAGACAGAGUAGCAAUUCUUGUUGAUGAUAUGGCUGACACAUGUGGCACAAUAUGUCAUGCAGCAGACAAGUUAAUGUCUGCUGGAGCUACUAAAGUUUAUGCCAUUCUGACUCAUGGCAUCUUUUCUGGUCCUGCCCUCUCUCGGAUUAAUAAUGCAUCGUUUGAGGCUGUUGUGGUAACCAACACAAUCCCUCAAGAGGAGAAAAUGAAACAUUGCCCAAAAAUACAGUUUAUUGACAUUUCCAUGAUCCUGGCAGAGGCAAUUCGAAGAACACACAAUGGUGAAUCAGUGUCUUACCUGUUCAGUCACGUCCCCUUGUAACUGCAGGGGAUUACACUGCAUCUUCGCAAAGGUCUCUUAAGCUAGCACUGUUUUUAACUAUGCACAUCAACCAUGAGAAAUUAUUAUCUUUGUACAAUUCGAGAGCUUGUAUGUUUAAUUAUCAUAUUUGUCUUGUAAUUACCGUUUGUUCUUUGUAAAUGGGCAAUAAAUCUCCAUCUUGCAGAAACCUUAAGAAUUCUCUUGAGAGUCUUGAAGUCUUACGUGUUGUGCAAGUUCUUCUAUGUGCCUGUUCUCACAUUUGCCUAACUGCUGUGCCAGAUCCAUUUUUCUAUACAGAACUACAAACUGUUCACAGAACUUAACAGGAUGUACACAUGUAAGAUCAUUCUCUGUGUUAAGCUAAAUGCUACAGACCUGAGUUUCUUCUGUCUAUUAUUCUGUUGGGCAAACAGCUGGGGGUUUUUUUGUUUAUGCUUAAGUACCAUGAACAGUAUUUUGUAAACCCUAACAAUAUGUAAAGGUCAUGUUAAUUUUGAGGAACUGUUAACAUGCACAUAGUAUGACCUGUUUGAUACACGUAAUGUUCUCUUUUUUUUCCCCACAAGGUAUUUGGGGCUGCUGUUUUCAUUGUAAAGCUCUCAUCACAUUAAAUUGUUUGCUUAACAUCUAUUCUGUAAAGUUUCUGUCUAGUAAGACUGAUGUUUCAGUAUUCCCAGUAUUAUUAAUAUCACUUGUCUAAACAAUGACCAAGCUUUGAUCAU